GUCGCCGGAUCACAGAUGCAUUUUGGGAGUUUAGCAUUAAAUACCAAGAUGGCGGCCCCCAUGGUGUUGGUUUCGCAAGACGGGAUCGUGAACCCAAUAAAUCGUGUUCUAAAUGAACCAGCAAAGGAAGCAAGUGGCUUUUUGCUGGGCGUAUCCCAUGAAGGUCAUACCACUCUUCUCAUGUGCUCGGCUGUCGACAAAUCAUGUGAUUUGACAAACACAGCAGAUUUAAAUAAUGAACUGGAAAAACUACAUUGUCAUCUUCCUGUAGGAAUUAAUGUAUGUGGCUUGUAUUUCAUGUCAUCAACAUCACCCAGCCCCAAGAGUGUCACCCAGUGUUGUAAAGAAUUCAUAGAUGAAACGAUAAAGACUACCCUCAACACAGACAAGUUGAUCAUCGCACAGAUCCAUAAAGAUCAGCCAGCAUUAGUUCCAGACUGUUUUUACCUGUAUGAUGUCAACACUGCUGAGGCCAGUCCUUGCCAAGUCCGAUUUGGAAACGACAUGGGAACUCAGGAGACUGAUUUGAUGACAUUUAGAGUGCAAGGAAACCUCACGCUAAACGUUAUUUAUCAUGAUGACAAAGAUUUGCAGGAAGCCCUCACUCAGAAGUUCACCAGCCUCUGCAACAGGGUCCAAUCAUUCACAGCCUUGUAUCACUUCCAAAAGACAACCAUUCUGAUUGGAGCAAGCAGCAGUGACAUCACAGCAGGGCCCCUGAACAGGGAUAGCCAAGCCAGGGACAUCUGCAGGCACAUACAGGAGGAAGACGACGGGUUUGGUGCACCAGCUGUGAAGGGAGGGAAGAAGGUUAAAAAGGAAGACAAGAAUGCAAAUCAGGUCCUGGAUGUUCAACUGCUGUUCAGAUUAAGUCUGGAUGAAGAACAGGAGGGAUCCGCUGGUCUGGUUCCCUUUGUGCACUAUCAAAUAUAUAAUGAAGAAUGCAGGCGGUCCAGUAUGGUUCUACCCAUCGAUGUACCAGUGAUUGUGCACAGGACCACAUUAGCUGUUACAUUAGGAAAACUCUUGUCAGAUGGAGUGUGUCGCCAACUACGUGCAAUGGAACAAUGUUUGAAAGACCACUUCAAGGAGUGUGGUCUAAGUGUACCCAGACCCUACCACUUCAAAUUGCCGCAAAUUCCAAACCUGAUUACCGUUGUUUACCCUGCAGACUUGCCAGACGACAAACUAGAAUCCGCACGGCGAAGUCUUCACAACCGAUUCCUGCUGCCGUGGGACAGACCUGUGUUUAGAAGAGCUAAUGCAUAUUCAUUCCCUACGACUGCCAAGAACGGAGGUUACCUGAUGAACACACACAUAGGCCUACCACCGUCUGGAGUGGAAAACGGUCGGACAUCCUUGGUGCAGGGCACCUACACCUACCACCAUUACAUGCAGGACCAUUUCAACGAUGACAAAUGGGGAUGUGCCUACCGCUCCCUGCAGACCCUCGUGUCCUGGUUCAGGCAUCAGGGGUACACGGAGCGGCCUGUCCCCUCCCAUAGGGAGAUACAGCAGGCGCUGGUAGACGUCGGUGACAAGCCGGCUAACUUUGUGGGCUCCAGGCAGUGGAUCGGGUCGUUUGAGGUCAGCACUGUGCUCAAUCAACUCUUUGCGGUUAGUAGUAAGCUGCUGUACGUCAAUUCAGGGGCGGAGAUUGCUAGCAAGGGGAGGGAGUUAGCCCUUCACUUCCAGACACAAGGCACGCCGGUCAUGAUAGGUGGGGGUGUUUUGGCCCAUACCAUCCUUGGUGUGGACUUCAGCGAGACUUCAGGCGAUAUCAAGUUUCUUAUUCUGGAUCCUCAUUACACCGGCAGUGAGGACUUAAAGGUCAUUCAGGAUAAGGGCUGGUGUGGUUGGAAAGGUGUUGACUUCUGGGACCAGACUGCUUACUACAACAUGUGUAUGCCUCAAAGACCAAUUGAGUUUUAACAAAACUUCAUUUUGUACAUAAAGAAGGUCUAUUCUUUCUUUUUCUUUCUAGCCCAACUUUGCCUUGCCGAUUAGGGCCAAUUAUCUUUUACUUUAUUCCAGAAAAGUCCUUGUGAGCUUAUUUCAUAUGACAAGAGUACAGCCAUAUUGUCGCCAUAGUGAUCUUAUACCCAGAAGGCAUAUUGGCAAAGAUAUUGUGUUUGUCAUCACAUUACAUGGCACCUGACUAUUUUGCAUCUAUAGCUUCACUGAGUGUUUAUGGAAGAAAAUAAAGACAGCUACCCAAAAUGGUGAAUAUUGAACAAGUACGUAAUAACUUGGUCUAGUUUCCAGACUCUUUUACAGGGAUUUUAUUUGGUUAAACAUUGGUUCACUAACAACAAAUCAAGGUACCUGGCACCCGAUUUAUUGGAACUGCUGACAGUUAACGGAAUCAGAAUAACAAAGUAAUCUAGUAAAAGGUUGAUUAUAUUCUCAUUUGCACAUAUGUUAAAAUGCCAGUGGUAAUUUCAUUCUCAAUUGUAUUCAUUGCAAUUCCACUUCAACACCACAAUUAUCAUGUCAUUUGAAAUGCACAAGUUGAUUCGAUAGCAUUGCACGAGGGAGACACAUUUUGGAACUUUUUGUUCUUAAAUUUGAGCAUGCAACUUCAAGUUUCUUUUAAAUCUGGGUUUUAUUUCAGCUAAGUUUUAUUCAGUCAUCGCCACGCUUUUUUUGGUGUUCCUUUCAUUUUGCAUUUUUAUCAACCGUAUUUCUCAACCACACUUUAGGCAAGCCUUAACAAUGCAGAAAAGGAAAAACAACUCAAAUUCUCUGUUUAUUUUACACUUUUGUUGAAAUGUUUUUAUUUCAUAAUUACAAGUCGAUACCUACAUACAGAGGUUAAUAUAAAUAACAACUUGGAUACAGUUAUUCCCCCUUUACACGUGUGUCUUGCGUGCUAGACAACUGGACACACUUUGUCUCCAAGAUUUACUGUACAAAAAUUAAGCAAAAAGAAAAAAAAAUCCACAAAAUGAAGACUUAUUUAUCUUCCAGACACAAGCCACAUUUUCUGUUUCAAUAAAAUAUGGUCACAUAUCAACUUAACAUUUACAGGAUUUAGACAACUGGGGACAUGAUAAUAAAAUGUUAAUGAGGAUCACCUUUUCUGAAGUCACCAAGUAUGAUUUUUUCCCCUAUUAUAAGCAAAAUCACAUAUUUGGUUAUUUUUCAUUGGUAAAAUGUUCAUGCUGCGUGAGCAGUGGCUUUGGUUACCAGCCACAACCACACAAUUGUAUUAUUGGAGGCUGGUACUUUGUUUAGCACAUUAUCCCUGACCUCACUUUAAUAAUUUUCGUAAUGCAUGUAUGUACUUUUAUCUCUUCAUAAAUGAAAAACAGAAGAAUACUGGGAAAGAAAAAAUUAAAUCAUGUUUUAACAAUAAACAUUCGUAUAUGUAUAGAGAAAUUAAUGAAAUCAGAAAAACAAUAUUCCCCUUUGAUUUUCGUUUGUUUUACAAAGUAACACACACCGCGUAUCAAAUACACUCCACUAAUUUCAGCACGGGACUGGGGCAUAAAAUCAAUUUCUUUGUGUGUUUUUUACAUCUCGUUCUCUUGUUCUACUUUCUAGCCAAACAAGAUGUACACUGAUUCACUGUUUAACAAAUUUUAAUAAUCAUAGCAAAAUUUUAAAUAACUUACAUUUUUUUUGUUUUAUUAAAUUAUUUGUGGAGGACUCUUAA